UUAGCUAGCUAGCUGGUUGUAUCCCGUUAGCUGCCAUCAAAUAACUCGGGAUUAAGAUCUCUCGUCGCUAACGUCCCAUAUUAGAAGAGGAAAACAAGUACGGGUCCAUGGAGGAGCCGGGAACUGUUGAGGUUACUGUUAAAACUCUAGACUCUCAGAGUAGGAGCUACACUGUCCGGGGAGAGUGGACAGUGAAAAAUUUUAAAGAGCAUAUUGCUUCCUCAGUUGAGAUUCCAGUGGAUAAGCAAAGGCUGAUAUACCAGGGCAGGGUGCUGCAGGAUGAGAGGACUCUGACAGAAUAUAAUGUUGAUGGAAAGGUUAUUCAUCUUGUUGAGCGGGCUCCCCCGCAGACUACACAGUCUGGAGGUGGGGGAGGUGCGGUGCCUAGCUCAUCUGGUGGACCAGAUGGAGGCUCCAGCUCUUCUCACUCCUCAACCUCCACCUCCCAGGGAACUCCACAUGACCGCAAUGGCAAUAGCUACGUCAUGCUGGGAACCUUUAACCUCCCUGUUAACAUCAUGGACCCCCAGCAGAUACAGAUGUCUGUGCAGCAGAUGAUGGCUGGUGUUGGGGAGACGGGGCGUAAUGCCAGAGUUAGUACCAGCACUGGAAGCAAUGGAUCUGUGGAUGUGCAUAUAAACUUGGACCAAACAAUGCACAGUGAACCAAGGAUAAGGCUCCAGUUGGCUGAAAAUCUGUUGCGAGAGACUCAGUCUUUGAUUCACAGACUGGAGGGUCAUCCACAUGCAGCAUCUACCCUUCAGGCACCUGCUGCUCCAGAGCCACCUUCUACACCUUCUUCCUCAUCUGAGCAACCCAUGGACACCUCUCCACCACCACCUUCAGCCCCCACUUCGUCCUCUGCAUCAACACAGACAGAGGGACCUCCUCACUCUGGAUCAAAUAGUCCUUGCCCAUUGGAGCUAGUGGGGGUUCUCUCAGAGGUGCGGAGGGUGGAGGAGAGACUUCGCCCUUUUAUGGAAAGAACCCACUCCAUACUGGGAGCAGCUGCUUCAGCUGAUUACAAUAAUAAUACACAAGAGCGUGAGGAAAAUCAGCGCAUUCUCAAUAUGGUUGGAGAAUCCCUUCAUCUCCUAGGCAACACAUUGGUUGCUUUGAGUGAUCUUCGAUGCAAUUUGGCUGCCCAGCCUCCCCGCCACCUGCAUGUGGUUCGGCCUAUUUCCCACUAUACUUCCCCUGUUUUGCUGCAGAGUGGACUGCCCCACAUACCAAUACCGAUGAACAUUGGCACAACUGUUACCAUGACCUCUAAUGGCAGACAGCCAAGUGAAAGUCAGCCACCAACAUCUCAACCCUCUGGCCAAUCAGAGGUACAGAGUCAGACACAGGAACCACCUCCUCUAUCUAAUGGAGCCAAUCAGCAGCCUGGUCAGGGGACUCCUCGGGUGAUCAGAAUCACCCAUCAGACCAUGGAGCCAGUGGUGGUGAUGCAGAUGAACCUGGAUGAUUCAGGCAGUGGAGCUCAGGCCCAACAGAAUGCCAAUGCUGCUGGACAGACCGGAACUCCACCUAUCCAAAUCCCAGGCUUGCCUCCAGAGUUCAUGCAAGCCAUUGUGCACCAGAUCUCUCAGCAAGCUGCUGCCAUGGCUACUGCAGCCUCAGCAGCCUCACACCAGCCACGUGUUCCAGUUCCAGCUGCCCAGAGUGGAGAAGGCCAAGCUGCUCCUCAUCCUACUCAGGCCAGGGUGGUCAUCACUCGACCAUCCUUCUCCCCACACAUUCCUCAGCCAGCAGGCACCAGAGGUACUACCAUCAACCUGCGUGCAGCAGUGCCCCCUACAGGCAGCCACCAGCCUGGGCAGGGCAAUCCUCUGGCACCCUCUCCUCUCACUCAGAUGAUGAGUGGCUUGGUGGGGCAGAUUCUGAUGCCGAUGCACACAGGUGUUCAGACUUCAACUACCUCUUCAUCCCACUCAUUCUCUUUUUCUACCUCUUCAUCUUCCUCUUCACCAUCCUUUGCAACUGCUCCUCCCCCCUCAGCCAACACAUCUGGUCAGACAACCACUCGUACAACCAGCACAGCUUCUGUAGGCCAGUCUCAGGAGGGGGGCCCGGAAGGAAGUUUGCCCCAGCUGUUUGGCUCCCUCUUGGGAGGAGCCGCUGGAGCGGGUGGGGGCGUCCCUGGUGGCACUCCAUCAAUCACAGUGACUGUGCCUGGUGUCCCUGCCUUUAUCCAAGGCUUGUCUGAUUUCAUCCAGGCCAAUGAACCUGUAUUCUCUACCCUGAACCAGCCUACAUCUGCCCCUGCUGCCCCGCCUGCCCCUUCAGCAUCGCCUGUCAGCCCCCAGCAAUUGCCAAGUGGAACAGGGGAUUCUUUGAGCCCAGAGCUGUUCACGGGAAUUGUGCAGGGUGUGCUCUCCACCAUGAUGGGCUCUCUGGGUGCUGGUCAGGGCAACAGUGAGAGCAUUGCCCAGUUCAUCCAGAGACUCUCUGAGACCAGUAACCUCUUCACUGCUGGGGCUGGGGAUGCUGUGGGUUUCUUUGGAGACCUGUUGUCUUUGGUCUGUCAGAGUUUCUCCAUGGUAGACAUGGUGUUGUUGCUGCAUGGGAAUCCCCAGCCUCUGAGUCGCAUCCAGCCUGAACUCUCAGCCUUCUUUAGGGAGCACUAUCUCCAGGGCCGAGAGCCUACUGACGCCAACAUUGCUACUGCUGCUGAAGAUCUGAUCAAUGGACUUGAAGAGUAUAUCGCUGAGAGCUUUUCCAUAGUUGCAGUGCGAGAGGGGGUGGACAUCAUCCAAACCAACAUGUGCUUCCUCAGACAGCAGUUCACACACAUGGCCACACACAUACUCCGCUGUACAGAUCACACCUUUGGUCCUCGUUUGCUGUUCCUGUGCACUCAGGGCCUGUUUGAGUGUCUGGCUCUCAACCUGUACUGUUUAAGAGGAGAGCAAAGAGCUCUUACUGCAGUCAUCAACCACCGCAUUAGGAGGAUGUCUGCAGAGGUUAACCCCAGUCUAGUAAACUGGCUGACCAGCAUGAUGUCUAUGAGACUCCAUGUGAUCCUAGACCAUAACCCGGUUACAGAGAACCAGAUCCAGCAUUAUGUAAUCUACACACAGUCUGAAACUGCUGUGAGAGUGGAGUCAGACACUCAAGCAGUCCAACAAACUGAGAGCCAGAGUGUUCAGAUGGAAGAGGGUUUGUCUCCAGCCCAUGCCACCACUGCUGAAGAAGCCUUGUCAUCGUCUGGAGAGAGUGCUAGUAUAGAUAAUGGAGAGCCAACUGCAGAUGUUUCUCCUCAAAGGUCAUCGUCAGGGGAGACACGAGCACCAUCUACUGCUGGGAGGGAGGAGUCAGGCACAGAGGCGGAACUGUGGGCAGCUACAGUGCCUCCUGAGUGGGUGCCCAUCAUUAGGCAUGACAUGUUGUCUCAGCGGAAAAUGAAAGCUCAGCCUCCGAUGUCUGAUGCUUAUCUUCAGGGAAUGCCUGCAAAGAGGAGGAAGACUGCUCAGGGCGAGGGACCACACCUUUCUCUCUCUGACGCCGUGAGUUGUGCUGCCAGGACAGUAGGAGUGCGGCCCGUCACUACCCCAGACAGCCUGCAGGUGGAGCUAGAGACACCAGCGCUGCAAGAGGCCUAUGCACAACAGGUUAAGAGUGAUCUAAAGAAAAAAGUUAAUGAAGACCCAGAUUACAACUCUCAGCGUUUCCCCAAUACGCAAAAGGUUUUCUCAGAUGACUCCUAACCUUAAAGAUCAAUUUUGCUCAUGACUACCAAUUCAGAUGUUCACACAACCUAUUAGGGACUCAAACAGACAAUAGAUGAGCUGGAUUCUGUGAUUGGGACUGAUCCUUUCACUCUUCACUUCAUGUGCAAUAGACACCAUUUAUUGUGAACCCUUCCUAAUCUUCUCAGUAGACCAUGUAUUUGGGACCAGAUACCUAGUGUCCAGUUUCACUUUUAUUGGAUUUGUGUAUAUCCUUAAGGCUUUCUAUGUCAUUUCAGUUGUAAUAUAGAUGUAUAUUGCUGUAAUUUGUUUGUAUUAGUGGCAAUAAAAGCAGCGGCAGUACUACCAUGCAUACUUGAAAUAAAAAUGUACUUUCUCCAAAACAGAUUGACCAGUAAAUGGUCUGAGUAUGAUUUUUUUAUAAUAAAAAUGUGCCCAUCUUGUUUCUUUUAUCAGGAUAAAUAGAUGAGCUUGUAAGUCAGUCCACCAUCAUGAGCGUUCACCUUCACUGCUAUGUGUCUCUCUCCAACACUGUCUCCCUGUGCUUUAGUCAAUAUCUUAGGAUCUGUGAUUACCAAUUUUCUUUCAUAAAUUAAAAUCCUUCAUGUUUGUUGGUUGUGACUGUCCUGCAAUAAAAAUGUCCUAUUUUA